AUGAAUCUAUUCAUAUUGGUAAUGAACCCAAUUAAUGGAUAUUUUUUGAAUUUUUUUGUUCUCUUUUCGGAGCCUCCCUUUUGAUGUCCAAAUUAAAUUAGAAGUGUAAUUGAGAACAAAUUUCUAAAACACAAAUUGAGUAUAGUUUCAUUGUUGUGUUUACUUUCAAUCUUUGAUGUUCCCUCGUUUCUCUAUUUUUUAUAUUCUCUAACAUAUCCCAUUGCUUUUCCUUCGUUUUUUUCUUGCUUUUUUUCGAGCCAAUCUCGUUCUUUUCUCUCGCGGGGUUGUUAGAUGUAUGUUUUUCAACUAAUCAAAAUUUUAUCACUUCCAUCACUAUGACGACUAUAUGCUCUCAUAUUCAAUUAACUUCUACUAUUCUUAUUUUUGUUCAUCUUCAUUGUCAACUUCUUCUUUUUCUUCAAUUUUUUUUGCGUUUCUUUUCCUCUUUUUCUUCUUAUCUGUGGGUCGUCAACUGGUUAGGGAUGGUGGUCGUCGAUAACUUUGAAUGCCCUUGAAGUUUUGUUAUAUACCGUCAUCGUGACCGACUGCUUGUCGUCGUCGUUUUUUUUCCUUUAACCCGAUUGAUUUCUCGUCUUAAUUUUCAAAAUCAAAUUCAAGACUCGUUCUAUUUUCCAGAUAAUAUAUGAACCAUCGUCUCAACAUAAUAGAAGUUGGAUAGAAAACGAUCUGUUCGAAAAGGUGAGGAAUAUCUCAAUUCCUUCUCAAAUUUUGAUUUUUUAGAUGGAUGUCGUAGUUAUUCUAGCACUUGUUGUGCUAGCUGUGGUUUUUCUCGUUUCUCUUUUGAUUCUUGUUACAAUGUGUUAUCGAAGGCGACUAAAUAGUGCUCAUGCCAAAACUUCUCCACUCCGAUUUUCGAAACUCGUCGAAAAUUCAGACAACAUCGAAAGUCUUGGUCAAUUGAGCCCAAUUAUUGGUAAUUGUUUCAUUUAAUUAAAACCCGUGCUCAUCAUUUUUUUCUUUUAAUUAUAGGUGAAUUGUUGGAUCGUAACACUUGGAUGUAUGAUGCAUCUGGAAUAAUGCAACAUUGUGUUGCUGUUCUACGUCUUUGUCGUACACUAACUGAUAAAUUGGCAACGAUUCAACUUUCUCAGGCACCACAACCAAUAAAUGAAGCAAUUUGUAUGGCAACUCGCAACAUUUUCCCAAGAUUUGAUGAUCUUUUGGAAGUUGUUGCUAGCAAUACAGUUGAUAUUCGAGUUUUGGAAGCAAGAGCAAUGUCAUUGGGAACUGUUUGUUGGUCAUUGUAUUUACCAUUUACAUUGUUAAAUGCUAAAAACAAAGAAAUUCUCAACAAACCACUCACUGAAAUGAAUCUUCAUCUUUUGACUAUUCGAACUGCUUGUGAUUUAGCAAUUGCUGCAGAUCAAUCACAAAAUGAGGUAUUGUUUAUCUUAAGAACAUUUUGUGAUAGAGAAAUCAUUUUUUUCCAAAUUUAGAACACAUUGAAUGAUGUUAAGAAGAAUUUGGAAGAUAUUCGAAAUAAUUUACGAGGAGAAACAAUUGUUGAAACAAACGAGGAGAAUGAAGAGGAAGAGGAAGAUGAACAUGAUGAAGCUGUACCAACGACUUCAGGAGAAACUAAUGAAACAACUCCUCUCGUUUCAUCCGAAGAAACAAAUCAAGAUGAAGGUUAGUUAAAUAUUUCAGAUUUUUAAUCCAAAAAAUGAUCAACUUUUAUUUUAUAGACUGUGGUCCAUCAGUUGAAAUUGUUACUUUGAAAAUUCCUAAUAAUACACCUCCGAAACAUGUAAAUGGUUCAGCAAUUAUCGAAUCAAAAUCUAUAUCUGAUUCAGAUGAAAGGUUGGUUUCUAAAAUAAUUGCUUAGAUAAUUAUCAAUUUUGCAGCCCUCCUAGUUUACACCCAAAUGAUCCGGAAGGUUGA